CCCUUUCAGGUCUCAGCUUCCUCAACCGAUCGAUCGCCCACCACCUUUUUGCAGGCAGGCUUCGAUACCUAGUGAAGCUUCACCACCCCCACCAUUACGGUCACGUUAUCACAAACUUGGGUCGCUUCAGGAAACACCACCCGACAAGAAGCUGGGAAGAUGGUCAAGAAGGGCGGCGCUUCUCGUCCCCCGACGCCUGGGAGGAUGAUGACUGGGAGUCUGCAGCCGACAAGCUUGACGCCCAACCUACAGAGGUGCAGCCUGAACCGCAGGUACCGAUGACCAAGGCAGAGCGGCUCGCCCAGCAUGCCGAGCAGAAUAGAAAGCUUUGGGAAUCAGCUGACUCCCCCACGCCCACACCAAUGACCUUCCUCGAAGCCCAACCCUCGGUACCCCUCGCCACGGGCUUCAAACCCCAGGUCAAAGUCCUGAGCCGAAAACCGGCGCCCCGAACAAUCGCCCGGCGCGACCCCGUCACUGGCCUCCUCUCCCACCUGUCCCUCGCUGACGACGACGCCGACGACCAACACGCCGAGAAGAAGCCGCAGCUCACGCCCGAGGAGAUUCGCGCCAAGCAGCAGCGCGAGCUCGAGGAGAAGCAGCGGCGGUACGAGGAGGCGCGCGCGAAGAUCUUUGGCGAGUCGAAUCCUUCCUCUGGCGCCUCGAGCCCGAGUGGGACAGUCACGCCACCUAGAGGGGGAGGAGGAGGUGCCGAGAACGAGAGAGGUGGAGGGCGCGGCCGUGGACGAGGACGGGGCCGUGGCGGUGGUGGUGGCGGUGGAUACCGAGGGAACUCGAAUCGACAAGACGACCUACGACGACCUGGCAGCAGUCGAUCCGACGCCGUUCGCGCCGAGAGCGGUCGUGAGCUCUACGACCCCGGAUACGCACCCCGAGGCGGCUUCGGGAUGCAGAAGCGUGGGGGCGGCGACGGCCCAAACACGUACAACACGUACAACACAUACAACCCGCAUUCUGGACGUUCAACCCCGAGAGACGUCGAGGACCAGCCCAAGCAGGCCAUUCGAGCUCCACGCGGACCGGAUGGGACUGGAAGAGGUGGAUUCGGCUUCGCCAAGCGAGGCACAAAGGAAGGAUGAAAUUAUUACUAUGCUAAUUUGGCUCUUCCUUUCCUUCACAGAGAGAGAAAGAAAAAACAAGCAAAAAAAGACUACCAGCCUCCGCCAAUCUUUCCCGCCAGCUGAACGACGCGCUCCGUGUCGCUAGCCUUGUCCUUGCCCACGUCGCUGACCACCUCGCGAUACGUGGUGAGGGCCAGUCUACCCAAGUCUAUGCCAGUGCAAUCCGCCCAAUGCGCUAGGGUAUCUCGAAUGUAAGAAGGCGAAAUUCCGUCAACAACGUCGUCUGCUACUUGCAGACCGUCACCAUUUUGAGUAAUACCAUUGCUCUCCUCGCCGUCAGAGUCCUCUGCUGAAAAGUAGGCCUCGUCGACCUCGGCCAGGAAAUCCUUCUGCUCGAGCGGGCCCGGCUUGCUCUCGUAACCCUUGCGCUCCACGACGAUCGGGUCGUCCACCUUGAUCUGCCCACCGCCGUUGGUGCAGCCGCCGGGCAGGCCGCCAUGACCUCGACGUAGGCGUACUCGAGCCCAGCGGACUUUCCGUGGGUCUCCUAGCGGCGCCGAACGCCUUGCCGCCGGGCAUCCGGGACGGCCGUGCCGGCUUCAGCUUUCGGACCAGGUUCUGGAUAUUGCGGAAGCCGUAGUACCGCGCAGCCUUGAAGAUAGGGUCGCCCGUGGCGGAAGCGACGACGAACUCGACGACGUCGGCGUUGCGGCCGCGGAUGACUUGGAUCUGAGAGUUGGGGUGCUUGGAGGCCACGGUCUGGAGGGUGAAGUAGAGGUUGCCGCCGGAGGAGCCAGCGGCUACGGACGAGCGGUGGGCUCCACGGGCCGGGAAGAGGAACUUUUCUAGCCUCGUGUCCGGGAACGGCGUAUGUUGGACAGCGGCGGCAGAUGGCUUGCCCCGCGGUAGAUUAAAGAAAUUGAAACCCCUUGACUCGGCCAGCAUGAGGACCUCCUUGCUCGUGAUAACGCAGUCCACGUCGCGGACCCCUCUACCGGGCUUCCCGUCCCCGUCGGGACCCCACACCGAAUCCGUGAGCUCCUCGCGACUGGCCUCGAGCUUCUUGUCGAAACACGGCAUGACGGCCAGAUGCCAGAUCCUGCUGGGCGGGAUCCUAAGCUUCUUGCUCAGCGUCGUCUUGAGGAGGGUGCCCAUGAGCGCCUGGGGCGACUUCACGCGCGACAGGUGCGGGAGGACGUAGGGGUGCGUCUUUUCGGCGUAGCACACCCACCCGGGACACGACGACGUGAGGAUCGGCUUGGUCGCUGGGGUCGAUGGUGAUGGAGACGGCGAAGCGCCUGCUGCUGCUGUUGCUGCGCUACCGCCACCCAGAACCUCAUCCGCCCCGAGAACAAGACACGCCUCGCGCGCGACGUUGGUAUCCAACACCCACGUGAACCCGUUCCCAUGCUUUCCCCCGCUGGCAAGACCUUGCUCGCCGCUGAAGAGCGCGUCCAGCAUAUACCCCGCCUGCCUCUCCGUCGUGCCGUCGCCCGCGGCAGCGGCCAGGCUCGCCCUCGUCUGCGGCGAGACGCUCGCCACGAAGAGCAUCCUGCUCUCGUCCUCGAGCCCCUGGACGCGGAACUCGCCCGUGGUCGGGUCCGGGCCGACGAUGCGGAGGGACGGGCCGAAGUCGAGGGUGUUGAGGACCUCGGUGUGGGAUUGCAUGCUCACGAGGACGGCUUCGGCGGAGGUGACGCAGCCUGAGCAGGCGACGAGGACGGCUUCGGCGGAGGUGACGCAGCCUGAGCAGGCGAGGCAGUCUGUGAGGGAGAUUUCGGCGGGGGGCGCAUUGCUUGCUGCGGUGUUGUUGGAGUUUGGUUGGCCGUCGAGGAUGACUUCGUGUUCGAGGGAGGCGUCGGGGGGGGGCGGCGGGGGCGCGGAGGAGGGUCUCGAUUGGUUUUAUGCAGGCUACGCCUGGACUUAUGAAGUCGUUUAGGUCGUCUGCGGAGAGUAUUGCGCUCAUCUUGGAGGAUUUUUUUGGUCGAAGUGUCGUGAGCGUAGAGAGAUUGAAGGAGGGAGGGGGAGUGGGAGGGAAAGGAGGGGAGGCGGGAUGUCGAAGAUGGCGGGGCAAUGCGUGGAUGCGAUGCGAUAGAGAAGUCGACGAGAAGAAGUAUGAGUCGCAACGUAGCGGGGUGUAAGAGAGGUGCGAGGACACAAGCCGUUGGUCCAAGUAUGAGUAUGAAAACGAUGGGAGAGAGCUUGUCUUGUUUGUGGACGACUUAUGCUUUCUCCUUGUAUUCCGCGAGGCCGGAGAUGCGCAAAUCAAGUGGUGGAUGGGAAUCAAUCGUUGAUUGCAAAUCCAUCCCCCACCACUGGGUUUUUUUUCGCAAGAGUCAACACUGCUGACAGUGCAGGCGCGCCUAGGCUUUGCGAAAUCGGCAUCCACUCAGUGGCGGG